GAUGGUCACUCUAGCCGGCACGCAUUGUUUUGUUUUGGGUGUUUUAAUUUUAUUGCGACUUCCUAGGCUUUUUACAAGAAAGUUAUGAACCAGGAGCCUGUAGCAGCUGCCCCCGAGUACUGCCACUUCUUCAAGACCCUGUUGGUGGAGGAGCUCGAGUUGGAGACGGACUUUCAGAGACUACACUACGGCCAAUGCGCAAUAGUUGGACGACUGGUGCUCGAGUCGAAAUUCUAUCGCUUGGAAAACGUGCGCGUCAAGAGCCUGCCGAAUAACCUAUCCUUGCCUGAGGGCACCAUAUCUCUGCUCCUUUUGGGACUCACCUUCGACAAGGCCGCCGAGCAGAGCGUGGCCAGCGGUUCCUACUGCAUUGUGCGCGGCGAAGUGGUCCUCUGCAAUGUGGUGCAACCCAACAGUCGCAUGCUGACCUCCCGCGGAGUCCACGACAAGUUUACCAGCCUGUCCCACAAUCCGGCGGCACAGAAGGAAUACCUUAGCCGGCUGCGUCUCACCCACAAACCGGCCCUCGAUUUGUGGUUCAUCCAGUCCAUCGACAGAGCCGAAGAACUGCUAAGAAGCAGGCUGGAGAUCAGGGGCCUUACUGUGAGAUGA